AGAACGGAAAAAAGUCCCCUUUUCUGAGAUUGACCUCCCAUUUCUGCAUAAUAGCGCAGAUUGGAGCGCGGUGCGGGCCUUUAGACGUGCGUACCUGCAGGUCGGAGAGCUGCGUGCGUCAGAUCCACAGAUCCACUGGCUACCGGGGCAGCAUCAGCUCCAGCGGGGCAUUUCUCUUUGCCCCGGCAAACCUUCAGGGAGCUUUUAGCAUUUGUUCGGUCUGAAGUCUCUGGAAAACAUCUGAUUCGUUUCUUAACCAGUCCCAGAUGUGUGUUUGUGAGUGUGUGUCAGAGAGAGCGUGUGUAGUUUUUAGUGCAUGAGAAUAGGGAGAGAAACUUUGCUGUCUAGGGGAGGGAGACAAGAAGCGUGUGGAUUUUUUUAAUAGUAACGUUUUAGGUAUGAACGCAGAUACGUGCGUCUCAUACUGCGACAUGACAUCCAUGGAUUCUUAUUAUAGCGCAUCUAGUGCGCAGAGUAGAGAAGCGAACCCUUUCAGGACUUUCCAAACCACUGAAACGAAAUACAGCCCCACGACGUUCAUUCCGGGGAAAGGGCAGGCCUACGGGGAGCGCUCCCGGAGCCCCUUCCAGCCGGAGUGCCAGUCACUGGAUGGAGCUGAGGAGAGCACCUUCAGCAAAUACCAGCUCUUCAUGCAGCGGCCGACCUGCAAAACUCCACCCGAGGGCGGCAAGCUGCACCCGGACAGCGGGCACAACGGGACGCUCCUUCCCUGCUAUGGAAAAGAUACCAGCGGCCUGACAGAGUCCGAACUCCCCCCGAGCGUCGAUCCUCCUGGGAUGGAAGGCAGCUACCUGAACCUAAAGGAACCUAAUGUGAAAGGUCCGAGUGAGCGGACAGGAUCCGACCUUUCCAGCCCUCUGGAUAAAAGUGAGGCAGAGAGCAACAAAGGCAAGAAGAGACGUAAUCGCACAACAUUCACCAGCUACCAGCUGGAGGAGUUGGAGAAGGUCUUCCAGAAGACACAUUACCCAGAUGUGUAUGCCCGCGAGCAGCUGGCUCUAAGGACGGACUUGACAGAAGCUCGAGUUCAGGUGUGGUUCCAGAACCGCAGAGCCAAGUGGAGGAAGAGAGAGCGUUUUGGCCAGAUGCAACAGGUCCGCACGCACUUCUCCACUGCUUACGAACUGCCUCUGCUCGCUCGACCGGAAAAUUAUGCACAGAUCCAGAACCCUUCGUGGAUUGGAAGCACCAGUGGAGCCUCUCCGGUGCCUGGCUGCGUUGUGCCUUGUGAUUCAGUUCCCUCCUGCAUGCCCCCUCACCCUCACGGUCCCGGAGGCGUCUCCGACUUCCUGGGCGUUCCCAGUCCAGGAAGCAGCCACAUGGGACAGACGCACAUGGGCAGCCUGUUUGGGGGCGCCGGGAUCAGUGGGGGGAUCAACGGCUAUGACCUCAAUGUUGAUCCAGACCGCAAGUCCUCUAGCAUAGCUGCACUGAGAAUGAAGGCUAAGGAACACAGCGCUGCCAUCUCCUGGGCCACAUGAUGACCCAAUAUGGUUUCACCCUGCCCCCCCCCAUCUCCGGAGCAGCCAUCAGCAAGCACUGAGGGGGGAGGUUUUCUGAGAGCACUAAUGAUAAUGAACAAGGAGAGACCAUGGAGGGAAGAGAGCUUGUAACAGCACAGUGAAAGCAAAACAAAUGUUACCAUGACAACCAGCAUGUGCUAAAAUAAUAAUAAUACACAGAGGUGCUUCCUAUACAUCCUCCAUGUACACCCUAAUGAGGAAAAUCAUGUUUACCAAAAUGUUUCAGAAAAAUAAACACUAAUUUAAAAUCAGCACGUGAAUUCUGGUAAAUUCAGAAAAACUAAAUAAACUGAUAAUCCAUUUCCUCCCAUUUCACCCAUCGAGUCACAUGUAAGCAACAUUUGUGCCUGUCACUUUAAACUCUUCGCUCUCUUUGUAUAAAUCAGUUUAAAUGCAUUUCUAAACAAAGUUAGCAUUUCAUCUGUCUAACAACAAGUCCACUCACUUAGAGCAAUCCCAGAUGCUCACAACGAGCUAAGAGUUUAUUUUCUGCCACUUCUGAUUUCGCACUACAUCUUUGACACAAACCAACCAUUUUGUCCCAGGCUAUGGAGGCUAGUUCAUGCCUCUGCAGAACGACGUGGAGCUAAUCAGGCACCGACAGAUACGGUGUGCUGGGCAGUCAUUUUAAACCAACCUGUCAUUUCCCCUCCCAAAGUUAGCUGGGCCCACUGCUUUUUCUAGGCUUUGGGGCUCAGGUUACAGGAAACGGUGUCUCCACUGGCAGACAUGAUGCAGCAACCUUCAACACCAACUCGCCAUGCCAGCUCCAAUCAGCAACCAGUAGGAAGAGACAAACUUAAUUAGCAUCAGUGUGAGUUGUCCUUCACCACGGUAAAUCACAGGCUGUGUGGUGAGAACAAGCUGCACAUGUGCUGAAACUCUUUCAUCAUUCAUUCUUUGGGAUGUAGACUCAGACUGCAGGCUGAAUCAGAAGCCCAGUCAGGGCAGGGGUCAUCUUGGUGACAUUAGAGCAGAAACAUAAUGAUUGGAGGAGGAUUAGGGUUGGCCGGGCUGGGCUGCAGUUUGGGUCUAAAGUCUUCAUCAGACACCUGUUUUCUUUACACAUAGCAGAAAAACCCAGAUUGGCAUAAUCAAACGUCUCUUCUGACAGGACGUAAUGAUGUUGAGCUUUUAAAAUAUAACAAAGAAUUGUCAGCUAGUUUUGAUGCUCUAACUUCAGCUUUCAAACAUUUCCUUAGACUUGCUGUAUUCCUAAUCUACACACAGAGCUGAUUGGCUGCACUCAAACUACUGCUAACUGAUUAAAAAGAAUCCAGAGGACUUGAAACCCAUAAAAUAUAGAGAUGAAGAUGAAAAAUGUCCAAAGUAAAGAGAUGUCUGACUCUCAUUUUGGUUCUCCCUCAGAGCUCCUCUCCUCUGCAGCUCCAUCCAUGUUGAUACUACUGAAAUGAAGCAAUUAAAAGUGGAGUUUUUAUGUCAUUUUGUGCGAAAGUGAACAGUAUAAAUGGUGUUGCUCCUUUGCUUGUUUGUGUUUUGCUUCUCUGUCAAAUAAUGGACUUCCAGAGAUAAACAAAGUAUUACAGUAAUAAUGGCAAAAAAUGUAUCUAUUGUUUAUUAUCUUAUAAAACCUACAAAGGAAAUUGCUUCUUUUUACAGCUUUAAGCAGCUUUUUUAUUUUUUUUGUAUAUUAAUCGAUUGUUUUUUCCUCUUGGUGCCAAAUAUGCAAGAUUUUAAUGCACUGGCAGGGCUUUUUGAUAUUGACACAUGUCUCCUUCUAGUUCCAGCUGUGAACAUCUGUUUCCUAAACCCAUCUACAUUUAGUAUCCAGAGUGGCAUCACAGAUGUCCUUGUGUGCUGAAGUUGUACAGUUUUAUCCUUUUGUCUCGAUUGAUGGAGGUUUUCAGCUGAAUUUGAAAUAAAUUGAUUUCUUAUAAAUGAA